AUGCCAACUCAUAGAAACAGUGGUAGCUCUUCCUCUCACCAUCACUAUUCCAAUCGUCAAGGGAAUACACGAUACCAACAUGUUUCGAAAGGAGGAUAUGCAGGAGGAGGUAGUGGAAGAUUUUCCGACAAAAAUACUGUUUCAUCGUCAUCCUCAUCAUCAUAUAAGAGAAAGUCUAAUGACAAUUCUAAAUAUAGCUACAAUAGUCAUCAUCAUACUGAUAAUUCUGACGAUCACCACAAGAAAAGAAAACAAGAAAAGGCUCCUGUAAAAUGUACUAGCGUUUCCCAUGCUUUCCCGAGAUGUAACGAUAAAAAGAUUGAAUUGAGUGAUUUAAAAUCUCAUCUCGAAGAUUUUAUUCCCGAAGAAGCACAAUAUGACUUGUUGGAGUGGAUCCUGCAAGUGAGAGAUGAAUAUUGCCCAUUAUUAAGCUAUUCCGAAGUGAGUAGGAGUAAAAACACAUUAAUUGAUGCCUAUGCCGGUGUUGGUUGUGCAUCUAUAACAUUCUCUAGAACAAGUGGAUUUGAUAACAUUGUAGCUGUCGAAAGUAGCACUGAGAGAUACAAUGCACUCAAAAACAACGUCGUUGAUGAAUUUCAACUUGAAAAAUAUGUAGAAUUUGUAAAUGCCAAUUUCUUGAACUGGAUGAAAGAAAAUUACAGUGAUGUGAAAUAUUUCAAAUCAUGUAUUUUCAUUGAUUUGAAUUUAUUUGCAUUAGCAUUGCCAACAAGUAGCGAUUUGAGUUUCGAGUCUAGCUUGAUGGAAUUGCUCAAGGGACUGUUGGAAGAUUUCUCGUGCCCACUUGUAGUAUUACGAGUGAAGAAUGCUGAGGAAAGAACAGUACUUGAUGCUCUGAGUCACGUGAAAACAAGAAAGGUGAUUCACAAUAACAACCUUCAAGAUGGUUAUGACUACGUGGCAGUGCUUCCUCAACUUGCUGUUACAACAGCUCUCAACUCUGAGCAACAAUUGACAAACAAGCAUGGACUGCCCACUGUUUUUUCUCAAAAACAAUUUCACUACGUGUGGCAUCAAUCUAAAGGAGACACCAAGAAGAGAACUGAACAAAUUUUGUGCAAACAAAUGUUAAGAAAAUGUUAUGGACAGCAGGCUAUUGUCAAGGAACAGAUCCAGAAAUUUAUUGAAACUUCUUCUAAUGACCAAGAGAUUUAUGACAAAUUAAAUGAUCUCUUCCAAAAUAAGAUAUUUAAAUCUAGAGAAUAUCUGAAAGAGAAUCCAGUGAAUGUUACCAAGAUGAGUACAGAUCGAAGUACUGAUACUUCAUACAGAACUAGUAAUCGUUCUAACAAAAUUAAGGAACUAAUUCCAAAAUCUUUGAAAGUCCGUAACAUGCUUGAUAUUGGAUGCUCUGAAGGAUCAAUUACGCAAGCUGUUGGACAUGAACUUGGUUUAACAAAAGAAAACAUUCAUGGCUGUGACGUGAGAGACAUUGGAAAAACUUACACCAACGAUUUUACAUUCCAUCUCAUUAGUGAACAAUCCAAUCAUCUACCUUUCGCAAAUAACUCAUUUUCACUUGUGACAGCUCUCAUGUCUUUUCAUCAUAUCAAAAACGUAGAGGAAACUAUCAAAGAGGUGUACAGAAUUUUGGAGCCAGGAGGAGCUCUAAUUAUUCGAGAACACGACUGUUCCCCUCCUGAAACUUCACUCACCCUCGACAUCAUGCACGGAUUAUACUCACUGGUUUGGAGUUCUCCUCGAGAGAUGCCCAAUUUUUGUUCUGAAUACUUUGCUGAAUAUCGAUCUAGCGACGAGUGGACCGAGUUAAUCACUGCUCCCAUAUUGGUUGACCAAAAAGACUCAGAAGGAUCUUGUCAACAAACAGAGAAAAAACAAUCAGGUUUCAUUCUUGAGUAUUGUGAAGAUUUAUCAACGUUUGACAACGCAUUACCAAAACAACAACGUUUUGGCAGAAGAGAUUAUAAAGGAGGGGAACAAGACAUCAAAAAUCCUUUUAGGUCUUAUCAUGCGGUGUACAUUAAGAGAAAGGAUUGA